UAAAGAAAUAUCCCGGACGCCAACUUCUGUCCAUUUUACUCUCUUUUGAUAAGCCCUUCGAAUCCCUUCCCUUCCUUAUGUCCUCCGAAGAAACCCUUACUCAACCCGACCCGGAUUCACCUCCGGGUCCAACCGAAACCCAAAUUCCACCAACCAUCCACUACCUCUCCUUCAACCAAGACAACACUUGCUUCUACGCCGCUACCGACCACGGCUUCCUCGUCUUUAACACCGACCCUUACCGCCCUCUCAUCCGCCGCGACUUCGACACCGGUCUUUCCCUUCUCUCUAUGCUCUUCCGGUUCGAAGUAUUCGCCCUCGUCGGUUCCUCCCCUUCCCCGUCCCCCUCCGCCGCCACCGACAGUAAAGCUCUCCUUUGGGACGAUCAUGCCUCCCGCCUUGUCGGGGAGCUCUCCUUCCGUUCCCCGAUCCGCUCCAUCCGCCUCCGACGCGACACCAUCGUUGUUACUCUCCUCCACAAAAUCUACGUCUACAACUUCUCUGAUUUGAAACUGUUACACCAGCUGGAAACGACAUCGAAUCCGAAGGGCUUAUGCGAGGUCUCGCAGGUGUCGGGACCCAUGGUGUUGGUUUGCCCAGGAUUGCACAAGGGAUCAGUGAGAGUAGAGAAUUAUGGGAAUAAAAGGAGGAAAUUCAUAAAUGCUCAUAGCUCGAAUGUCACGUGCUUGGCUUUGACUUAUGAUGGCAGGGUCUUGGCUACGGCAAGUAGUAAAGGAACUUUGAUUAGAGUUUUUAAUACUUUGGAUGGCACAUUGAUUCAAGAGGUAAGGAGAGGGGUAGACCGAGCAGAGAUAUACAGCCUUGCUUUCUCCCCCACUGCACAGUGGCUAGCUGUCUCAAGUGACAAAGGAACUGUCCAUGUCUUCAGCCUCAAGGUUGAUUCAGUAGUUUUGGGGGAUGAUAGGUCAAGCAGUGCAUCUGAAUCACCUCUUUCUAAUCAAUCGGCUUUAUCAUCCCUUUCUAUUUUGAAAGGCGUGUUGCCAAAAUAUUUCAGCUCAGAGUGGUCUGUGGCUCAAUUUCGGUUGCCUGAAGGUUCGUGCUACAUUGUUGCUUUUGGACAACAAAAGAACACAGUCAUAAUUGUUGGCAUGGAUGGAAGCUACCAUCGAUGUCAGUUUGACUCAGUGAAUGGUGGACAGAUGACUCAACUUGAAGAAUACAAUUUCUUAAAGCCAGAAGAAACAUUUUCGAAGUCAGAAUGAAGAUUCAUAUUAAGAUUAAAAAUUUCAUCUGUGAAGAACAUAUAUAGGUUGCAUAUAUCAAUGUAAAUGAAGGGUCAAGUUAGGCUUCAGUUUGGGUCUUAACUGCACUGCACUGCCCAUAAGAAUAACUAUUUGCUUGUCUUAAUGCUGUUACUAACAGCUUGAAAAGUUUUCCUCGAUAAUUAUUUUCCUUGUGUAUAUAUAGAAUAAUUGAUUAUCAAAUUUAACUUCGUCUUUUUAAUCAA